UGGGGCUAGAUGUAUGGAGUACAGCAGUAGUGCUGUGACCACGUGUUGUAUCACGGAACGAGUGAGUUGGAAGUUGCGUUAUUUUUCCGAGGCAUUUUCCACAAAGAGACGAAGUUGGUAGAUGUUGAGUAAUAAAACGAUUUCGAGGUUCAAUGAUCGGAGUCGUGUCCAAAGUUGGUUUAUCAUUAUGUCGGAGAUACGUAACCUCAACUACAACCUCGAUUUUGACAGAUAGUAACCUGAACGCGACGAUCAUCGAGUCGAAUGACGCUACGAAUUUGAAUCCAACAGAAAACAUCGGUAUCGAAAAUAUCGAUGGUGGGUCCACGGACGUUAAAAACAAAAUUCUCAAACACAUUGAGAGUGGAAAAUUGUCAGAAUACAUAAAUGCUGUACCAAAACGAUUACUGAGCAGGAAGACAAAGACAAAGGAGUUGUAUUUGAUGCACGACGAUGCAGCUAAAAAGAUCUUUGACCUGAUCAAAGAUUCCUUACUAAGUGACCCUCACAAUGUCAUCGAAGCAAACGCAGGGAUUGGUCUGAUAACUGAAAAACUUUUAGACGCGGGCCUUCCACAUAUCACAGUACUAGAGCCUCAGGAUUGCUUCAUCAAAGUUCUCGAAGAUUUAAGAGAUAAAUAUCCGUCUAGAGUGUCAAUUCUUCAAGCUGAUUUAUUGAAUAUAUGGAGAUUCAUGUAUCAAGAUAAACAUGAUGAAGGGAAUAGGCUCGCUCGAUUUCUUUCAGGUUUUAACACAGCCAAGUGGGGGGCUGAGUUGGGAAUACAAAUUAUCGGAAUCCUACCAGAUUUGAAUGUUCUUAGGAGAUUGAUACUGGAUGUUGUCAGACAAUCUGGCAUUGUAUCUUAUGGAAGACCUCGUUUCUAUGUUUGUGUCCCACCAUCAACUUUGCGGAAAUUAACAUCCCACAAAGGCUUCGGCUUUCACAAUUAUCGGGGAGUAUCUGUCCUGUUUCAAGUGUUAUUUGACUUUGAAAUACUAGGCGAAAUUCCAAGAAAGUCACUUCUGCCGUGGCUUCCAGAAUUUAGCAGAAAUACAGUUGCAAAACUAUCGCCAAACCAGAGGUUGGAUCUAGACAAUUGGAACAUUGUCCGAAUCGAAGGAAAAAAAAACCUCUUUGAUGAAGUUAUUGAUGAAAAACAUCUAAAACCUUUGUGGUAUUUUUUGAAUCAACAUAUGGUGGCAAGAAGGGCACGAGUUAUAGCACAUAUGGAGACCUGGGAACCAGGUUGUGGGCCUAAUCUGAUCAUGAAAGACUAUGACAUUUUUACUCAAUUCGGAGAUUUGAAACCUCACCAAAUACUGGAGCUCUUCAAGGAGUUUACCACUUGGGAGGGAUAUUCAUCGUUUUUACAAUCAUUGGACAACAGUCCAGAAAAGAUGGAUAUCCUCGUAUCCUGAAUUUACAUCCAACACCUACGUACACACGAAGCCAUGUGGAAGUCGGUGAUUUGGAAAAAUUUGCUUACGGAUAGAGCUUAUCCAAAUCAGAAACUUCUACUAAGCCGAGUAUACAUAUGCAUCGUGAAAGUUAAUCUAGUUCCUUUGAAGCAGAAAAUGAAAAUGUCAAUAAAUCUAUCCAUCUGUUUUACACUCGAA